CUGCGCUAUAAUUGAAAUGGCGCAUUUGGCUGCAGGCAGGUUGUGAGGGCGCUUUCUGCAGCAGCAGCAUGCAUGCAUGUCCAUAGACGUCAUUUGAUUUUAAUGGCCUGCAGGAAAUUUGGCGUUACAACUCCAGACAUUAAGGCAAGAGAGAGAGGGAGAGAAAGAGGGAGCGGGGACACGGAGGGAAAUCACCGCAUGAAAGAUAUUGGUUCAAGGAUAUCUCUUCAUUUUCAACAUAUUUUUCAACUGAGACUUUAUCAACAAGUUACUGCGCCUUUAUUAUAUGUUGCCUGAGUGAAGGACUAUGGCAGCCCGCCUGGCUUUAAACUUUAAAUUUAGGCUGGAGCUGGAGAUGGAAAUGUAUGCCUACUAGCUGGAACUGCCUGGGGAACUAUUACAUCAGACGAAAUGACAAUGAUUAAAAUCUGCUUUUUGCUGCUCUAAAUCUAUUGAGCGACUGACAGUUGCCUGUUGGGUUUCCUAUCCCCCUCUAAAUCACAACUUCACACCGUUAAAGGGAACGGUCUGCUUUUGCCGGGGAAAAAAUAAGAUAACUUAUUAUAUCUGUGCAGUCAUAAUUUAGAGAAUAGGGGGGUAUCACGUUUUUCUUCCUUGAGAAAAUUGCCUGGGCGAGAGAGUGGAGUUGAGCUAAUUGUAGCCUAAUCCCUGGCCCAGAGGCGCUUGGGCAGCCCGGAGCAAGAAUUUUCUUUUUUAGCUCUGCUCUGUUAUUUAGAGACGGAUUAUUGGCUUUCUUCUUCUCAUAACAAACCACAGGGGCAGUUUCAUUUAGGCAAAAAGGCAUACAAGAAGCCGAAAUACGAAGCACGAUACCAACAAGAGCGCACAUUUUUACGCGUAUCCAAAUAAGAGCAGAGAAGGGGAAGGAGAUCAUCUCAUCUAUGUUCAAGGAGGGAAGGAGCAUGUCACGGCUGUCUCUGACCCGGUCCCCGGUCUCUCCUCUGGCCGCUCAGGGGAUCCCUCUGCCGGCUCAGCUGACCAAGGCGAACGCCCCAGUGCACAUCGAUGUCGGGGGACACAUGUACACCAGUAGCCUGGCGACUCUCACCAAAUACCCAGACUCAAGAAUCAGUCGUCUGUUCAAUGGCACCGAGCCCAUCGUGUUGGACAGCUUGAAGCAGCACUACUUCAUAGAUCGGGACGGCGAGAUAUUCCGCUACAUUCUCAGUUUCCUCAGGACCAGCAAAUUGCUCCUUCCAGAUGACUUCAAGGACUUCCACCUGCUGUAUGAGGAGGCGCGCUAUUACCAGCUGACACCCAUGAUCAAGGAGCUGGAGCGCUGGAAGCAGGAGCGUGAGCAACGACGGAUGGCGCAGCCUUGCGACUGCCUGGUGGUUCGCGUCACACCCGACCUGGGCGAGAGGAUCGCCCUGAGUGGGGAGAAGGUCCUCAUCGAGGAAAUCUUCCCUGAGACUGGUGACGUCAUGUGUAACUCAGUCAACGCUGGCUGGAACCAGGACCCAACACACGUCAUCCGCUUCCCCCUCAAUGGCUACUGCAGGCUCAACUCCGUCCAGGUUCUGGAGCGUCUUUUUCAGAAAGGUUUUAGCGUGGCAGCGUCUUGCGGAGGCGGCGUGGACUCCUCCCAGUUCAGCGAGUACGUGUUGUGUCGCGAGGACCGAAGGAGUCUCUCCAUCAACACGCCCAUCAGGAUAAAACAGGAACCCCUGGACUAGAGCAUUCUGGGAGAGGGACUGCCAACCCCCCAUACUCCUUCCAUCCUGUCACACCACCCCACCCCGCCUCCCCCUGACCCAUCCCUGUUCUAACAGGACCACAACCACCACCGCCCCUCCUUCCCACCCUCCCAAAAUGCCCCCUGCAAUUCCAGCGAGAAACAUACCUAAGUAUUAGCAGAGGCUUGUUAACCUCGCCAACUCUGCAGAACUCUAAGGGGAAUGUAGUACCAAACAAAGGAAAAAAAAUGCAUCAGCAACAAAAGUUUUUGAUUAUGUUCAGUAACACCCAAAUAAUCUGGGACUGAGAUGAAAAACAACAAUGACAAAUGGACUCAACAGCAGCUCACUUGAACCACUUUAGCACCAUGACCGCUUGAUUUUUCCUUCAUCUUCUUGUGAAAAAGGUGUCCUGACCCUUUUUGGGAGGACACAACUGCUCCCUCCUUGAAUCCAAUCCCAGCGCUCAGAGGUGUUUCGUCCAGUUCUGUGUCUGUAUGAAGCCCAUGUCUUGUCUGACCGGGGACGUGUCUGGCCUGCUGUGGGACGAGGAAGCUUUGGCAGACAGGACUCUUAUAAGGAUGACAGGAAGAGGACAUAAUCCAAUCUCGCAGUCCCCCAAACGGCCCCAAUCCCCGUGACCCCGUGACCCUCCAACCCCAUCCAGUCUCCCCCCACAGGCCUCACAGACGUCGGGGCCUCGCCGAAAAACAGCAUCAUUUGCCAAACUGAUUGUUUAUUACGGUUUUUCAUUGUUGUUUCUAAAGUAUGUUCUUCUUGAUCCUUUUGCUGUUCUUAUCAUGACAUGGUGUAAACAAUUAUUAUUAAUAGGAUUAUUUUUAAUGUCUCUUUUUUCCUUUCUCCAAUAUGAAGGAUGUACGAACGUUGUAUUCAUUAGACUUUGAGAGCUUGUGAGGGAGAGUUUCUUGGCAGUAACUGCAGAAACUCAGAUGUCUGCAGGCUAUGUGGCUAAAGCGAUCUGGCUGGCAAUGCAUUCAGAGCCAGAAAAAGUCCCAUUGUUCAAAUGGGGAUGGAAGCUGGAUGUUUCGACAUUGUUUAUAGUCAAAUGUGUAGCACACAUAAAAAAGUGCUCUGGAAUUUCUGCUUAUUAGCUAACAUAUCUUGGGUCUCUGAUCGGAUUCUCUCACACAAGCAAAAAAAACUUUUUUUUUCUCCCUAUUUUGCAGAAGUUUAAGAAAGUUCUUAAAUUUGGAAUUCAGGUUGAAGUUGCACAAGCUCUUAAGUGUAUUGCAGUUUUGUUGAGUUAGAAUGUUAAAGACUUGAGGACCAACAUGGAGAGCUGACGUUUACUAGUAUGUCUCGUGAUCAGCAGGAGAUGUACUCUAAAUGCUUAAUAUUUCUUUGCACUUAAACAUUUCCAACAGAGUUGCCCUGCCCUGUUCUCUCAAAACACAUAUAAGGAGGCUAGAAUAUUAAAACAUUUAAAAACAGUCAAGGGGUAAAACUCAAAAGACAACAAAUACUGUACUGUAGGUACCAAAGGGGACAAGGUGCCUAUUUUAUUGAUUGUACAAACAUAAUGAUGGUGUCUCUUUUUAUAGUUUACAGCUAAAGGAGACACAAUGCAUUAUUCAAAACUGUAUGAAGGGUACCAACCUUUGUUCCUCCAGGCCUGCAGCCUUGACAGUUUUGUUGAGAAUAUCUCACAGUACCUUCAGACCAAUAUUGUCACUUCUAAGUCAAGAUUAUUUCAGUGGUUCUUCACAUGUAUGUAUGGCAGAACCCAAAGUGAACUGUACUCCCAGCAUCAGUGUGUUAUUCACAAAGAGGCGAGUGGGCGGCAUUUACUCUAUCCUGCUCUCAUUCUUUUGGUCUUAUUCUCAACAUUUCUGGAUCAAAGACAGAAACAAGAAAGGCCAUUUUUUCAUGUUUUAUAUUUGUGUGUAACUUACAGAUGCUGUUUCUUCCAUUCCAAAAGACUGAUAAAAAAAAGAAGCCCAUUCUGAUCUUUGUGGUCGCUGGCAGUUGUUUGAGUUAAACUGGGGUUGUUCUUAUAAACUAGUUGAAAUAUGUUCAUUAAAAAUGGGCAGUUGUUCUUCUGACCAUGUUCUUUAAUAUCUGCGCUCUCCGGAUGGCCGCUGAUUAAGCAAAGCCAGCAAGUGGAUAAAGAUGAGCUCGGUGUAAGUGUAGCUCCCAGUCCAGCGCAGUCCUCCCUGGGGGUCCCUCUCACAAUCAAGCCCAUCUUUGUUCUGACCUGCCAGUGGCCUGCGCCUUUGCAUCCAGUCGCCUCAAAGGGAAUGGUCAACCAGGCUUUUCAUGUGCCGCGGCAUGUUGGGCUCUUCACAGCGCUUCUCACCCCCCUCUGCCUCCCUGAAGGCUCCCAGCUCAGUGGUGCCAGUAGAAACUCGGGUUGUACCCCCUGCUGCUGUGUCAUCCCCAUGCCCUGGUUUUCAAAAUGCCCUCCUACGCUGUGGCUCACUGGACCACACCGCAACAAACCAAACAAACUGAUGAGUCAAAUCUGAGCAGCCAGCAGCUCGUCCCAGAACAUACUGUACAGCCAGGCGUCUUAACUCUGCUGCUGAUCCCAAGGCCUUUGAUCUGAUGAUAUGAGGUGUGGAAACUCAUCUGGAUUAGUUCUUGAACAAAAGUGAUCAAUGUUGUACUAAAACCACACAUCUGUAAGAAAUACUUUUUUCAGGGAAGAAGGAAAGAAGGCAUAUUUUCUCACUGAUGUGGCGUUUUGAAAUCAAAGAAUGGGCUAUUAACAGCUUUAAAGAGCUACGGGUCUUGGAAUUCUAAAUAAAAACAAAACAUGAUCAUUCAAACCUACACAGAAAGUGAGAGGAAGGAACUAAAAUUGCAGGUGUUUGUUUUUUUUUCCAACAGCAGCAAUAACCAAACCUGGAAUGCCCCUUUCAACUCAGCGUAUAUAUGGCAGGUUAACUACAGAGCUAGACAAACUCCACAGGACUGGAAACUUCACAGACAUGUUCAUACAUGCCGACAUUUCAGAUGAAGUACUGGUCAGUGUUCAGCCAGUUCACAUGGCAUUCGCACCACCUCUAAGGCGGGUCAGCUGUACAGUUAUUGUAUAUUGAAUUAUCAGGACUCUGGGUUUUACAGGACCCUCGUGUUUUUAAGAGACCUCUUAGUCCUCUUCUCAAAAAGAAUGAAAAGAAUUCAAAGCAUUACAUUGUGUACAUAUGGAUUAAAACAUUUCAAAGGGUAUAAUAAGGUGCAAAUGUAUAUUAUUUAAAGUGUUUAAAACAAUUAGACUGUGGUAUUAAAGGGCAUGUGUUAAUUUACAGUGUCUCCAUUUGACU